GCUGGUAGAAAACAAAAAGAGGCGGUGCAAGCCUAUUUGGGCAUAUGCUGCCGGGCCUGGAAGGUGGGGCUUCACUUGAGGGGCGUGGCUUCAUCAGGGGCGGGAUUCCGGCCUCCGUGGCGGGUGGCUCGCGGUCCCGUUAGGUUGGAGGAGACUAUGGCUGCACGCGCGUUGAGGCUGCUGACCACCCUGCUGGCUGCCGCCGCCGCUGCCUCCCAGGCCGAGGUCAACUCCGAGGCGGGAUGGGAGAUGGCGGGGCCUGACCUGCUCUUCGCCGAGGGGACCGCGGCCUAUGCGCGCGGGGACUGGGCCGGCGUGGUACUGAGCAUGGAGCGGGCGCUGCGUUCGCGGGCCGCCUUGCGUACCCUCCGGCUGCGCUGCCGCACCCAGUGUGCCGCCGACCUCCCAUGGGAGCUGGACCCUGACUCGCCCGCGAGUCCAGGCCAGGCCUCGGGCGCCGCCGCCUUGCAGGACCUGCGCUUCUUCGGGAGCCUGCUGCGCCGCUCCGCCUGUCUGCGCCGCUGCCUCGGGCACCCGUCUGCCCACUCGCUCAGCGAGGAGCUGGAGUUCGAGUUCCACAGGCGGAGCCCCUACAACUACCUGCAGGUCGCCUAUUUCAAGAUAAACAAGUUGGAGAAAGCUGUAGCAGCAGCACACACCUUCUUUGUGGGCAAUCCUGAGCACAUGGAAAUGCGUCAGAACCUAGACUAUUACCAAACUAUGUCUGGAGUGAAGGAGGCAGACUUCAAGGAUCUUGAAGCCAAACUACAUAUGCACGAGUUUCGCCUGGGAGUGCGACUCUACUCAGAGGACCAGCCGCAGGAGGCUGUGCCCCACCUGGAGGCAGCUUUGAAAGAGUACUUCCUGGCCGAGGAGGAGUGCCGCACCCUCUGCGAAGGGCCUUAUGACUACGAUGGCUACAACUACCUCGAGUACAAUGCUGACCUCCUCCAGGCCAUCACAGAUCAUUACAUCCAGGUCCUCGGCUGUAAGCAGAACUGCGUCACCGAGCUUGCUUCCCAUCCCAGUCGAGAGAAGCCUUUUGAAGACUUCCUCCCAUCACAUUACAAUUACCUGCAGUUUGCCUACUAUAACAUUGGGAAUUAUACACAGGCUAUUGAAUGUGCCAAGACCUAUCUCCUCUUCUUCCCCGACGAUGAGGUGAUGAACCAGAAUCUGGCCUACUAUACAGCCAUGCUCGGAGAAGAACAAGCCAGAUCCAUUGGUCCCCGUGAGAGUGCCCAGGACUACCGACAGCGAAGCCUGCUGGAGAAAGAACUGCUCUUCUUUGCUUAUGAUGUUUUUGGAAUUCCUUUUGUUGAUCCGGAUUCAUGGACUCCAGAGGCGGUGAUUCCCAAGAGAUUGCAAGAGAAACAGAAGUCAGAACGGGAAACAGCUGUGCGCAUCUCCCAGGAGAUUGGGAACCUGAUGAAGGAAAUUGAGACGCUUGUGGAAGAGAAGACCAAGGAGUCAGUGGACGUGAACCUGCUGGUUCGGGAAGGUGGCCCCCUGCUCUAUGAAGGAAUCAGUCUCACCAUGAACUCCAAACUCCUGAAUGGCUCCCAGCGGGUGCUGCUGGAUGGUGUCAUCUCCAAGGACGAGUGUCAAGAGCUGCAGCGACUGACCAAUGCAGCAGCGACUGCAGGGGAUGGCUACCGGGGUCAAACUUCCCCCCAUACGCCCAAUGAAAAGUUCCAUGGUAUCACUGUCUUCAAAGCCCUCAAGCUGGGACAGGAAGGGAAAGUUCCUCUGCAGAGUGCCCACCUGUACUACAACGUGACUGAGAAGGUGCGGCGCGUCAUGGAGUCCUACUUCCGCCUGGACACACCCCUCUACUUCUCCUACUCCCACCUGGUGUGCCGCACUGCGAUCGAAGAGGCACAGGCGGAAAGGAAGGACAGUAGCCAUCCAGUCCAUGUGGACAACUGCAUCCUGAAUGCCGAGGCCCUCAUGUGCGUCAAGGAGCCCCCCGCCUACACCUUCCGGGACUACAGUGCCAUUCUUUACCUAAAUGGGGACUUUGAUGGAGGAAACUUUUAUUUCACUGAACUAGAUGCCAAGACCAUGACGGCAGAGGUGCAGCCCCAAUGCGGAAGGGCGGUGGGAUUCUCUUCAGGCACUGAAAACCCACACGGAGUGAAGGCCGUCACCAGGGGCCAGCGCUGUGCCAUCGCCCUGUGGUUCACCCUGGACCCACGACACAGCGAGCGGGACAGGGUGCAGGCAGAUGACUUGGUGAAGAUGCUCUUUAGCCCAGAAGAGAUGGACCUUCCCCAGGAGCAGCCCCUGGAAGCCCAGCAGGCCCCCCCAAAACCUGGAGAAAAACCUCUCUCAGGCAGCGAGUUGAGGCACAAGGAUGAGCUAUGAUGGUGCCCAGGCCACACGUGGAUGGUUUAUGGGACUCACAGUGAGGUACUCCGUCCUCUACCCUGGAGAAUGCCAGCCCUUUGGGAACAGGGAGCAAUGGGUGACUUAUGUCUGUGGCCUGGCUGAGAGGACCCUGCUGACAGCCGGCCGUCUGCAUGGUGCUGCUGCUCUUGGAGUGGACAUGGCAGGACGGUCUGCUCCUCUGCAGGCCUGGCUAGGGCUCAGGACACAGGCCCAAGCUGUCCUGGGCGGCCUGCACAGCAGUACAGUACUUAAAUGUCCUGUGUAGACAACCAAAGAAUAAAUGGUUUGUUGUCGUUGUUUCUUAA